AGGCCCCUAAACCUGGAGCUUCUUCCUGGCCUUGAAUUAGGGUUUCAUACUUCCCGUUUGUGCUCCCAAGUUGACACAAUUUCGAAAGAAUGGGCGCCCCGGAAGGAGCAGUUGCGAUGGCCGAGGGGGACUCCGCGACGGUGCCGCAGAUGAGUUACGCGGAGUUUCGAAGAUGGAAGCAACAGAAGGAUGCAGAAGCAGAAGCUAGAGCGGCAGAAGCUGCACGGAAACGUGGCGAAGACAUUGCUGCAGGUCGAGUGCGCAUGAAUGGCAGGGAGUUGUAUCAGCAUGAACCGUGGGUCUUCGACGAUUCUCGGUUCGACACUUAAAAAUAUGUUAGUUAACAAUUUCUUACCAUACAGAUUGUUCCAGUGAUGUAGUUCUAUAGUGAACAUGAACUCCACUAAUUCUUAGUGAUUAUUUCAUUCGGCAAAGCUGCUGCUCAUCUGCGGUUUACCAAAUGGCUCGAUCUCUUAAAAGGGAAAAGAAGGAAUUAGCUAUAUUACGUUAUAGAGAGACAUCUGCAUAGAAGUUCUGAUUCAACCAGGAGUUUGAGGUUGGUGUGUGUUCCAUAACAUGCAAUCAACACCCAAUUCUUUGGGCAGAAGUUGAUCGUGUUGGAUGAGGAUACCGUGAAUCUUUUUUAUAAUUCGAAGACCUUCCAAUGCUGGGUUGAACUUCAGAGGAUACUGUUGAGUUAGAGGGCUCAGAGUAAAAUCAUGGCCAUCACAGAUGUCCGCACGAGGAUACUGAGACACUUCUAUAUACAGCGCAUCACUGCAGCUAUAAAAUUACUUUUUAAGAGCA